AUGUCAAACAAAUUCAAUAUUACUAUAAAAUCAGUUGACAUGCAAGAGUUUAUGCAACAAGAUGCAACCGAAUUAGCAAUUAAAUUAUUAGAAGAACAAACACCACACAAAGAUAUAGCUACGAUUAUUAAAAAAGAAUUUGAUAAAAAAUAUUUAGGAAACUGGCAUUGUAUUGUAGGAAAAAGUUUUGCUUCAUUUGUAACUCACGAAACCAAAAGUUAUAUUUAUUUCAAUAUUAAUGAUAAUUCAAUACUUUUAUUUAAAUCUGGUUAA